CUUCAAGGAAAGGACAGUUAUGGCAGUCAUGUGCAUCCAAGAUGCGCUCUACUGGAACAAUGCCCCAGCCGGCCGCUAGGACUACUGGCAAUGAGGACCAACACCAGACACAGUUCUCCUGCCCGAGGUGUGCACGCAGGUUCGUGGAGCCACGUGUGCUGCCCUGCCUGCACACGCUCUGCACUCCGUGCCUCCACCGCCUGGCCGGUGCCAGCCCGCCCCACAUCGACACAACCCGCCCCACAUCGACACAAGUUAGUACUCUGAGCUCUACCCACACUCUGCACACGCUCUGCACUCCGUGCCUCCACCGCCUGGCCGGUGCCAGCCCGCCCCACAUCGACACAACCAGCCAGUCUGAGGUGUGUGGGGCAGGCGGCUCGGGCAGCCGGGACGGGCCCACAGUGCUGUGCCCCACGUGCGGGGCGGAGCACCAGUGGCCGGCCGCAGGCGUGGCAGCGCUGCCACGCAACUACUCCCUGCAGCGCCGCAUGGUCGCCAGCUCCGCCCGGCAGCUGUGCGGUCUCUGCUCCUCCAACAGCCCCGUGACAUCUCACUGCAUGGAAUGCCUCACUAGCCUGUGCACUUUCUGCAGCGAGGCGCACAAGAGGCAGCGACACACGUCAGAUCACACGGUCAUGAGCCUGAAGGAGGCAAGCCUCAUGGGCUCGACCCUAGAGCGUCGCCUGGUGAUGUGUCCGACCCACCUCGACCAAGAACUGCAGCUCUUCUGUGAGCAGUGCUGUCAGGUAAUCUGCCGAGAGUGCUGCAUGCACUCACAUCAAGGUCAUCACUGCGAGCCCGUCUCCAAGGCAGGCCUCGUGCACCGAGCCAGUGUUGAGGAGGCCAUGCAGAGAGUGAGGCCAAUAUCAGAGCAAUCGUUCCUCAUUGCGGAUCGUCUGAAACAACUGGAGAAUUCAAUAGAGGAGCGAUGCGGGCAAGUGGAUGCGGAGAUAGACAAGUUCAUAUUAGACUACAACUGUGGAGUUGAGGAGCGGAGGCAGAGCGAUGCGGGAGCGAUGCGGGAGCGAUGCGGGCAAGUGGAUGCGGAGAUAGACAAGUUCAUAUUAGACUACAACUGUGGAGUUGAGGAGCGGAGGCAGAGCGAUGCGGGAGCGAUGCGGGAGCGAUGCGGGCAAGUGGAUGCAGAGAUAGACAAGUUCAUAUUAGACUACAACUGUGGAGUUGAGGAGCGGAGGCAGAGCGAUGCGGGAGCGAUGCGGGAGCGAUGCGGGCAAGUGGAUGCGGAGAUAGACAAGUUCAUAUUAGACUACAACUGUGGAGUUGAGGAGCGGAGGCAGAGCGAUGCGGGAGCGAUGCGGGAGCGAUGCGGGCAAGUGGAUGCGGAGAUAGACAAGUUCAUCGACGACUACAUCUGCGCAGUGGAAGAGCACCGUCACAGCUUGCACCUGCAGGUGCAGCAGGCACGCAGCAGCAAGGUGCAGAUGUUGCACUCCCAGCAGCAGGACGUACAGCGUACAGCUGAACACACCAAGACAGCGCUGUCGUUUGCCGAGGAGGCCCUGUCUGAGUGCUCUAACAUCGAGUUGCUGAGCCUCGCUGGGCCGAUACUGCGCCGUCUACAGUGGUGCUCCGACUACAAGGCGCACGGCGCUACAUCCAGCUUGCUCGAGCCAGCUGGUUUGGACUGCCUGCAGUUCCUGCCACGGGAGAGCGCGGGUCUGCGCCGGGCCUACACUCUGUACGGAGUGGUCAGCACACAGAGCGUGUCACCACAGCACUGCCUUAUCAACGUGGAUGAGCUGCAGAACUGCAGACAGCACAGGAGGACUGAUGUCACGCUGGUGACCAGAGACUCCGACAACCAGCCACUUUGUCAUGGUGGCGAGAACGUGACUGCUGAGCUCACCUACAGAGAUGCAAGUUGCAGGAGAAUCCCGGCUCAAGUAUGCGACCAGAGAGACGGCUCCUAUCGCAUCUCAUUCGUGCCGGAUGCUGCCAGCAACCUCAGUGUAUCUGUCUUCGUCAACAACAAACCUAUAAAGGGCAGUCCCUUCCAGGCGUGCGUGAGGACGCUGAGGCCGCACCCGGGCAGGUUCCACUGCUGCAGCUUCUGCUCAAGUGGCGGCAGCAAGGAGGCCACGUGUGGCUGCGGCGGCACCAUCCCAGGCGGCUACAGGGGCUGUGGCCACGGACACACAGGACACCCCGGCUGUCGGCACUGGUCCUGCUGUGGGAACGUGCUGGAGAACUCCGAGUGCGGCCAGCCCAAGUCCUCCAUGUAUCACUUGACUCUGUGA